CACAAGGGCCACGCCUCCCGAAUGAUACCAUCCCUAUUGGCUACAAGGGGCACCAAGCCCCGUCCAAAGGUGCUGGCAGUGUGCCCUGCUGCUACAAGCAUGGCCUCUCCACGGGCCCGAGCCCCCCCGCCGGAGAUACCAGAGCAGAACUGCAGGUACCGUGAGGUUCAGUAUUGGGACCAGCGCUACCGGAAUGCGGCUGACUCAGCCCCUUACGAGUGGUUCGGGGACUACUCCUCCUUCCGUGCCCUCCUGGAGCCUGAGCUGCGGCCCGAAGACCGUAUCCUCGUGCUAGGCUGUGGGAACAGUGCCCUGAGCUACGAGCUGUUCCUUGGAGGCUUCCCUGAUGUGACCAGCGUGGACUACUCAUCAGUAGUGGUGGCUGUGAUGCAGGCUCGAUAUGCCCAUGUGCCCACGCUGCGCUGGGAGACCAUGGAUGUGCGAGCACUGGACUUCCCCAGUGGCUCCUUUGACGUGGUGCUCGAGAAGGGCAUGCUGGAUGCCCUGUUAGCUGGAGAACGGGAUCCCUGGAAUGUGUCCUCUGAAGGUGUCCACACCGUGGACCAGGUGCUAAGUGAGGUGAGCCGGGUACUGGUCCAUGGAGGCCGGUUCAUAUCAUUGACCUCAGCUGCUCCCCACUUUCGGAUCAGACACUAUGCCCAAGCCCGAUAUGGCUGGUCCCUGAGGCAUGCAACCUAUGGCAGCGGUUUCCACUUCCAUCUUUACAUCAUGCAGAAGGGCAGAGAGCUCACUAUAGCCCAGCUGGCUGUUGGGACCCAGGUCCUCUCACCCCCUAGACCUCCCACUGCACCUUGCUUCCUCCAGGACUCAGAUCACGAGGACUUCCUCAAUGCCAUUCAGCUGUGAGGCCAGAGGCAUGGUCCUCUGGCCCUCCCUGCCUUUCUGCCCUGGACUCUUCAAGAAUUCCUGACUCAGGGCUUAGGGUUUGAUUCAGGGUGUUCACAAUCCCAGAGGGCUCACGCCUAAGAUAGAGCUGAUGGGAGCAACCCCACAUGAAACAAUACAGCCCAGGUCAAAUUAGA